UGUGAGAAAUCUCAUCAUACUGAUUCCCUCCGCCUGUUGGUGAUGAUUUACUGUGUCUGCACUUGGCCUCCAAGCCUUUUCCAUUUGUUUUUUAGAAAAAGCUUUCACCUGCUGAAGAAAAAUUCCAAGUUGCUGCGAGAGCUGAAAAAUCUGGAUUCCCGCCAGUGCCGUGAGACUCACAAGAUCGCCGUGUUCUACAUUGCCGAGGGGCAGGAGGACAAGUGCUCCAUCCUGGCCAACGCCAGGGGCAGCCAGGCCUACGAGGAUUUCGUGGCUGGCCUGGGCUGGGAGGUGGACCUGUCCACGCACGGCGGCUUCAUGGGCGGGCUGCAGCGCAACGGCAGCACGGGGCUCACGGCGCCCUACUACGCCACCUCCAGCGUGGAGAUCAUCUUCCACGUGUCCACCAGGAUGCCCUCCGACUCGGACGACUCCCUGACCAAGAAGCUCCGGCACUUGGGCAACGACGAGGUGCACGUGGUGUGGUCGGAGCACAGCCGCAACUACCGCCGGGGCAUCAUCCCCACCGACUUCGGGGACGUGCUCAUCGUCAUCUACCCCAUGAGGAACCGCAUGUUCUUCAUCGAGAUCCUCAAGAAACCCGAGGUGCCGUUUUUCGGUCCCCUCUUCGACGGCGCCAUCGUGACGGCGAAGCUGCUGCCCAGCCUGGUGUGCGCCACGUGCAUCAACGCCAGCAGAGCCGUCAAGUCCCUCAUCCCUCUCUACCAGAGCUUCUACGAGGAGAGAGCUCUGUACCUCGAGGCCAUCAUCCAGAACCACAAAGAAGUGAUGACGUUCGAGGAUUUUGCUGCUCAGGUCUUCUCUCCCUCUCCCAGCUACUCCCUCGGUGGAACUGGUGAGUGUCUGCACGUUAUUCUUCUCGGUAGCCCCAAGAAGCACUUGAGCAGCAGAUGUACACCUGUUUUUUGUAGAUAAAUGCUUGCAAAUUUAAGAAGACUAUUCUUCCCCUGAAUCGACUAAUGAAUAUCAAAAGGAACGAUGACAUUCAUUUUAAUUUGUUUUGCAUCAGGGCUAUUCACACUGCUCCUUUCUUCAGCUAUCCUGUUAACCCCCAACUCGGGCGAGGUUAAUGAACUUUCUCGCAGCGAUGGGGCCGGGGCUCAUUCAGGACUCGGGGUUCUUGCUGAGCCGGGAAUACGCUGUUCAAAAGCGAGGCCUGAAUCGGGGCUCACUUAUCAGGAAUAGUUCCUCGCAGGGGAAGCUGCUGCUAAUGCUAAAUGGGGAUUAUUGUGCUGA